UGGGCCUUACAUAUAUAUUGAACAGAUUCACGUAGAGUUUUUGUGUAAAGCACAAUGUCUUGUUUGAGGAACAUUGAGCUGCUGUUGUGUGUUGUGCUUGUAAUUUCUUCAGUAGAAAACAAAAAUUUUCCAAAAGAUCCCAGCCACGUUCGUAGUGAUGCAAGAAUUUCUAAUAACCUAAAACAAGAUAUUCUGAGCUUAAUGCAGCUAGCCCGCAGACCACGGCCAAGUAUGAUGACUCGCCUCCACGGCCGGCGAUGGUCUGCUCCUUUAUACAUGGUGAGACUUUACAAUAGUAUAUCACAGACACAGAGCUAUCAUGGUGGAUUCUGUUGUAAUGGUACUAUAGCCGAUUGGAGAGCAAUUGGAGCAGACACCAUCAUGAGUUACUUGAAUCAAGUAAGAAGAAAGCCGCCAAAGAUUUCCCGCCAUCACGUGACUUUCAAAUUCCUAGUUCAAUCCCCGACAGACGAAAAAGUCAUAGCAACGGAGUUUCGCCUAUACAAGGAAAGAAUGUCGUCAAACAAACAGUCUUGGAAGAAUACGACCUACGUAGUUCGCCUGUACCAAAUCGUCUACCCCGCACAAGUACUAGAUUUACUGGAGACUCGUGUACUGAGAAGCUGGGACAUAGGAUGGCAGGCUUUUGAUAUCACAAAGGCAGGUAAAACGUGGUCUGAAAACCCAUCCACAAAUCAUGGUCUAGAGUUAUCAGUUAUCAACUGGUUCAACCAAGAAGUCAAUCCUUAUCGAGUUGGUUUGGUAGGAUUUCACGGACCACUAGAGAAGCGACCUUUCAUGGUAUCGUUUUUCCAACACGAUGGCGAACACUAUCGGCUUGCUGACUCGCAUGGUCCUCUUGAAAACAUGAUGUCACGAAGUUCGCGCUCACUCGACUCUCCAAACGAUGAUGGGCGUACAGCGGUUGGCGUGGGAGGUAGCCGGGGAGGGGAAGGAGGUGGAGGUGGAAAAGGGGGAGGAGGACAGGCUGGAGGUGGGGGAGGAGGACAGGCUGGAGGAGGACAGGCUGGAGGUGGGGGAGGAGGACAGGCUGGAGGUGGAGGAGGAGGACAGGCUGGAGGUGGGGGAGGAGGACAGGCUGGCGGUAGCAGGGGAGGAGAACAGGCUGGAGGUGGGGGAGGAGGACAGGCUGGAGGUAGCCGGGGAGGAGGACAGGCUGGAGGUGGGGGAGGAGGAGGAGGAGGAGGUAAAGUUUUUAAUAAAGGAGGGUCAACAUUUAAAAGGGAAGGAGGAAGUAGCCAUCGAAAACGGCAAAAUGGAAGUAAAUUUUGCCAACGUCGUUUUCUGCACGUGAAAUUUCGUAGACUUGGCUGGCACAGCUGGAUCAUCGCACCGGACGGUUACUCGGCGUUCUUCUGUCAAGGAGAAUGUUCAUUUCCUUUGAAUGCCAACAUGAACGUCACAAACCAUGCUAUUGUACAAACCCUUGUUCAUCUGAUGCAACCCAAGACAGUACCCAAUCCAUGUUGUGCCCCUACUAAGCUGUCUCCAAUAUCAGUCUUGUUCUACGAUGACAGGAAUAACGUUGUGUUAAAAAAGUACACUGACAUGGUUGUCAACGAGUGUGGCUGUCAAUGA